GGCCGCUCCUCAAGAAGCGAGAGGCGCUUCCUUGCGCGCCGGGACGGAGGGCGGCUUUGCUUUAAUCCCAUCCCAGGUCUCCGCCCUGUUGCGUGGAGUGGGAAGGGGAAAAAAAACCCUUUCUCCUCGCUGCCACUUCGUAACGUCUGCCUUCCGCAGCCUCCAGACGCCAAGCCUUCCCCCGUCGCUUGCAAUUCCCAGACUCUGGAGAAGGUCUUGGGGAUCCUCUUCCCUUCCCUCGGGGUGCGAAGCCAGGAGGCGCGCUUCCCCACUCGACUUGGGCAAAGUUUGCGCAAAGAUCGCUUGGCGUGGGAGUCCCAUUCCGGGAGGAAAGGGCGAUGGAUGUACAGGGCUGCCCGGCCUUGGCUUUGCUCCUCUUGGUUUGUUCCCUGGGAUCCUUGGCAGCGAACAGGAGGACCAUCCCAAGGAGGCAAGAUAGACUGGGCCCUCCCUUGGAUAUAACACUGGACUCACUUAACUGCACAGCAUUCAGUAUACAAUGGAGGAUGCCUCGGCAGCACGCAAGCAGUAUCACUGGCUAUACUGUCUAUUACGCCGAGGUCAAGGCUGAUAAACCAAUUAGACAGCAGUCGCAUGAUGUGCCUCUCAGCCUGGACAUGCUCAGCAUAGGUCCAAUGGAUGGUCAAGCAAUUUUUGAAGUCGUUAUUGGAGAUUUGAAGCCAGGCGCUCUCCAUCGUGUUAGUGUUGGAGCUUAUGGCUGGGCCGGAAAAGGGAGGCCCAGCAUGCCCAAGAAUGUAACAACUUUAUCACAAGAUAAAUGCAAGGUUCCAGAUCCACCAUAUCAGCCCCAAGUCAUUGUUGUUUCUGACUCAGAAGUUGCACUCACAUGGAAACCAGGACCUAGUGAAGGAAGUUCUCCAAUUCAGUACUACACUGUGGAAUUUAUCAGGCCUGAUCUUGAUACCAACUGGACAGUUAUUAGAGAACAGAUCCAGAUGGACUCCAUGGUCCUGAAGGGGCUAAGUCCAAACAACAUGUACCAGUUUGCAGUCCGAGCUGCAAAUUCAUAUGGAACCAGUCCACCCAGUGCUUCCAGUGACCCUAUCAGAAUGUUCAGCCCAGAAGAGCUAGGAAGUGGAAGCUACAGGCAUCGAUAUCUCACAGACACAGGGAAUGGUGAUGAUGACAGAAUUGAGAUUGAUGAUUCAGACUAUGACAUUUACAUUGACGAGCUCAAACCACUUCCUGCUAUCAAAGGAAGCAAUAGGAAGUUUUUUGUUGAGACCAAGAUUUCACAAGGGUCUACUGCAAGGCUCCUUUCACGGUUGCUUUCAUCUACUCCAUCUCCUAUUACUUUCCCUGCAAUAACUACACUUCCACCACGUACCACCACCACUACAAGUCUUAAGGCCAUCAGGAGAAACGGCGUGGCCACAGUGAUACGGCAGUCGGAUCAGUCAUGUGAUGAAACUAUUUGCUCUACUGACAGCUUUUGCGUUAAUGAUUAUGAAAGGAGUGGUUCUCGUUGCCACUGCAACCUUGGCAAAGGAGGAGAGAGCUGUUCAGAAGAUGUUAAUAUACAAUAUCCUCAGUUCUUUGGCUAUUCAUAUAUCACCUUUGAACCUCUGAAAAAUUCCUACCAGAAAUUCCAAAUUACUGUUGAAUUCAGGACUGAAGCCGAAGAUGGUUUGCUUCUGUAUUGUGGAGAAAAUGAGCACGGACGUGGUGACUUCAUGUCAGUUGCAAUCAUCCGAAGAAACGUCCAGUUCAGAUUCAACUGUGGUACUGGGAUUGCAGUAAUUACCAGUGAGAACAGAGUUAAACUGGGAAACUGGCAUAGUGUGACUGUGUUCAGAGAUGGACUGGAAGGUUGGCUUAGACUGGAUAACAACCCUCCUGUUUCUGGUAAAUCUCAGGGUCAAUACAGCAAGAUUACUUUCCGAACUCCCUUCUAUCUUGGAGGUGCUCCAACAGCCUAUUGGCUUGUAAGGUCUGCAGGAAUGAACCGUGGCUUUCAAGGCUGUGUUCAAUCACUCAUUGUCAAUGGAAAGAUCAUCGAUAUGCGGCCUUGGCCUUUGGGGAAGGCUCUUAGUGGAGCAGAUGUAGGUGAAUGCAGCAGUGGAAUUUGUGAUGAAGCAUCCUGCAUAAAUGGUGGAACUUGUACAGCAAGCAAAGCAGAUCGGUACAUCUGCCUUUGCCCACUUGGGUUUAAAGGCCGCCACUGUGAAGAAGCUUACCUCCUCUUCAUGCCUCAAUUCAAUGAGAGCUUGAAAUCCUUUGCUAUCACUCCCUGGCCUUUGGAACCACAGAAUUACCUUUCUUUCAUGGAAUUUGAGAUCACAUUUCGCCCAGAUGCAGGGGAUGGUGUCCUUUUAUACAGCUAUGAUACGGGCAGCAAAGACUUCCUAUCCAUUAGCAUGGCAAACCGUUAUGUGGAGUUCAGGUUUGACUGUGGUUCAGGAACAGCUAUCAUCAGGAGCGAAGAACCUGUCAGCUUGAACCAGUGGCAUGAGCUCAGAGUGUCACGCACAGCGAAAAAUGGCAUAUUGCAAGUUGAUCAGCAAACACCAGUAGAAGGAAUGGCAGAGGGAGCUUUCACACAGAUUAAGUGCAAUCCUGAUAUGUUCCUUGGUGGAGUACCAAGUUAUGACAAUGUGAAGAAGAACUCUGGGGUCCUUAAACCCUUCUCUGGGAGUAUUCAAAAGGUUAUCCUGAACGACCGGAUAAUAGACCUAAAGCAGGAUUUAACAUCUGGAAUAAACCUAGACAACACUGAGCAUCCCUGUGUGACUGCCCCAUGUGUCAAUGGGGGAACCUGCGUGCCCAAGAAAGAUGGCUACGAAUGUGAUUGUCCUUUGGGUUUUGAUGGGCAACAUUGCCAGAAAGAAUGUGGAAAUUACUGCUUAAACACUGUAAUGGAAGCCAUUGAAAUCCCACAGUUCAUCGGCCGCAGUUACCUCACGUACGAUAGUCCGGAUGUUCUGAAAAGAGUAUCAGGAUCAAGAACAAACAUAUUUAUGAGGUUUAAGACAACACUGACAGAUGGCCUCUUGUUGUGGAGGGGAGACAGCCCUAUGAGGCCCAACAGCGAUUUCAUCUCCCUAGGUCUUCAGGAUGGUGCCUUGGUCUUCAGCUAUAAUCUGGGUAGUGGCAUCGCUUACAUAACAGUGAAUGGCUCUUUCAAUGAUGGAAGGUGGCACCGAGUAAAGGCAGUUCGGGAUGGCCAGUCUGGAAAGGUAACAGUGGAUGAUUAUGGUGCUAGAACUGGCAAAUCUCCAGGAAUGAUGAGACAAUUGAACAUCAAUGGGGACCUAUAUGUGGGUGGAAUGAAGGAAAUUGCACUCCAUACAAACAGACAAUAUAUGCGAGGACUGGUGGGUUGCAUUUCCCACUUCACACUUUCCACCGAUUACCACAUUUCACUGGUUGAAGAUGCAGCUGAUGGGAAGAAUAUUAACACUUGUGGAACAAAGUAACCAAUGGAGGGGUUUUUGUGGGGAAGAGCCUUCCUUAAUCAUAUAUCAGUAACAGUACAAUGACUGAUCUUGCACAUUGAGGACUGCCUCCCAGGAAGGCCAAAAACCAAGAACCAAAACUGGAGGGAGCGUUUCUCACACUCCUUUGCGUUGGAUCCCCUGCUAUCAUAGUCCUACCAAGUGCUUUGGGUGGGAACCUCAUACUUUCCUUUUUAUCAAGGAUGCAAUCUAGCAAAGCCCCAAUGCUGUUGCAUACAGCUGGUGCAUUUCCAGCCAGGUCAACUAUAUAAACCGGUAUACAUCCUUGUGAAAAGUAUCAGCCAGUACCAGCUUCAGACAUGUACAGCUGUUUUACAACAGCCAACUCAUGCAGGUUUUUUUUUAAAGAUAAGAUGAAGCAAUGUGGACUACUUUGUCAGCAUGGACAGUACAAUUCAUUUCAACGACUGGUCCCAAGGCCAUCAAUAUUUAUCCAUCUGGACCAUCAGUAUUUAUCCAGUGUGUUUCCCUCACCUCCCAUCAGAGCUCAGCAAAGCUACUGUCCUGGUUCUCAUGUUGGCUGGGGAAAUCUGAAAGCUAUUGGCCAAAAGGGUAAUUUUCCUAAGUUCUCCUUUCCUGUACUAUUCCUUUAGUUAAGAUUGUGGUCUGUUCAGAGCUACACAAUGGAAAGGCAGUAGCAAUACCUUCAAAUUAAGUUGCAUCAUAGCAAGAACGAUACUGCAAGUUGCUGUCACCACAGCAUACAUUUGUCUCCUCAGCAUUCAAGGAGGGUUAGGUUUGCCACUUCUGGGCAUGCAAUGGACCACUCAUUCUAUCGUCCACUAUUUUAUUCCAAGGGGGCCAGUAGAGAGAAGUAGCAGAUCAAAAUGGCUGCUUACUGAACCACUGAACAUGAAAGCAUAGGAAGGAUUCUUGUGCUCAAAUGGGUUACUUGAGACCUUCACAAUUCUCUGUAAACGAAAAAUUAGCACAGAAAACAGUUUUCUGCAUGACGAAGAUGAAGGUAAAAUUCAUUUAUUCAAUUUCAUUUUCCUCAUCUUCUAAUUGAGGAGGUACAGUUCAUGGUUGAGAUACUUCUUUGAGUUAUGCAGGUGUUAAGUCCAAUUUAGGUCUAUAUAUCUCUUUUUUAGUUGCUGCAGAAGUUGGAGUCCUAUACUGACUCUCAAAUGAGUCAACAAACCCCAUCUUUUAGCUGCUGCAUAUCCCUUCACACAGAGAGGUUUGUUUAUAGGCUGCUGAAGAGUGAAUGGGAAAUAGUGAUGAAGUUUCCAGCUAUGUUCCUAUAACUAAAGGAAUAGUAAGUAGUAAUGUGUAGCAGAAUUAACAUGAUAUGGUUCAUGGUUUGUUUCUUUUCAACUCAAAGGAAAAUAUUAAUCCUAGUAAUGGCCCACUUCCAACAAUCUGCAAGGUGUAUCUUGAGAGCUGCAUUUCUACAUUCCAUGUUCCUAUUUGAGGUAGACCAUGUUGAAUUUCCUACAAAAAUAUAUUACGACUCCAUUCUACCCCAAUGUAAAACGACUAUAAAUGUUAGCUCCUUUAUAGUUUAUGUUGUUUGCCGAAGAAAAUGGUUCUUUGUAUAAAAAACUACUUUUUUAUUACAAGCAUUGAAUCUCAACCACCACAUUUUAUAGCAGUAAUUUUGUACAUGUCUAUUUUUAUAUAGGAGCAGCUGUUAUCAAUUAGAUAAUUUUGCAAAAGAAUUAGGUGUCUGACACAGAUUAGCAUGUUGUUUGUUCUUCCCAAAAGGGAAAAGAGUGCAAGGAAGUUUUGUAUUUGCUUAUUUUACAGUUUCAGUGGAAAUAUUUAUGAAAUGUAACAGGUUUUACAAUGUGGUUGGAUGAGUUAGACGGCUGAAAAAUGUACAUUCUUGAAAGUUUUCUGGUUCAAAAUUAUUGAAAAGAUGUUAAAUUGUG